AUGGCCACCGCUAUCUCCAGCAGUCCGACGCCGCCGACGCCUACCUCGGCUCCCGGAUCAGCCACCAAUGGCAACAAAACCGAGGGCAGCAGUGGCUUCUUCGGGACGCUGGGCACCCUGGGCCGCAAGAAGAAGCUCAAGGAGGCCGAGGAGGCGCAGGGCAUGGAGGAGGAGGGCCGAGCGGGCAUCGACGGCAACUCGCAGCAUCCCGUCUUUGACACCUCUCCGGAGGACUACGUACUGGCGGAGAAUGAGGAGCGGUCGAUGAUCGAGCCGGGGAUGAUCAACAACCACGACUACCAGGAGCUGCUGAAGAUACUGAUCAACUGGAUCAACGACGAGCUGAGCGACCACCGCAUCAUCGUGAAGGACCUCACCGAGGACCUCUACGACGGCCAGAUUCUCGGCAAGCUAAUUGAGAAGCUCAGCGGCCAGGCGCUGGCCGUCGCCGAGGUGAUCCAGAAGGAGGACUACCAGCUCUCCAAGUUGAAGGUAGUCCUUGAGCUGUGCAACCGCCAGCUCGGCUACCAGGGCCCGGCCCCUAAUGUCCGCUGGACCGCCGCCGGCAUCCACGCCCGCAACACCGUCCAGAUCGUCCACCUCCUCGUCGCCCUCAUCCGCCACUUUCGCGCCCCCAUCCGCCUGCCGCCGAACGUCACCAUCAGCAUUCUGGUGGUGACCAAACGCGGCGGCCAACUCGUCAAACGGGUCACCACCGAGGCGCUCACCGAGUCCUACGACGACCUGAGCAAGCGGGCCAGCGAGCCCCGGGACGCCUUCGACGUCCUCUUCGACCACUCCGCUCCGGAGCGGCUGGCCACGCUGCGCCGCUCCGUCGGCCACUUUGUCCACCAGCAGCUGGCGCGCAUCAACAUUGAGGUCGGUGGCGGAACGGGUAGCAGCGGCCCCAUGGCCGACAUUGACCCCUACCAGUUCAGCGACGGGCUGAACAUCAUCUUCCUCCUCGGCAUGCUGGAGGGCUACUUCGUGCCGCUGGGGAACAUCUACACCACCGCCAGCGUCGACCCGGUGGCGGAGGCGGUGGGCGCCGGCAAGGAGUCCGCCUUCCGCUCGGAUAACUACGUCGAGUCCAGUCCGCACCACAAGCUGCACAAUGUCAACGUGGCGCUGCAGCUGAUGGAGGACGCGGGUUUUAAUCAAAUCCGCCACAAGGUGCGCGCCGAGGACGUGGUGAACGCCGACCUGAAGGCGGUCCUUCGCGUGCUCUACACCAUCUUCGCCAAGUACAAGAAUGUCAAGUUCUAA